AUGAUAUUUUUUGGUAUGAUUGCAUUAACUGAUUUAUUUUUAAAUAUUAUUUCAGCGCUCCCAUCGCAAGAAAGGAUCGUCGGAGGAACAAUAACAAGCAUUAACAAUUACCCCUUCACUGUUUCGCUACAGUUUUCAUGGGAUAAUGUACGUUUUGGCCACAAAUGCGGUGCUACUAUCCUGAACAACCGCUCCGCGGUCUCGGCGAUCCAUUGUUGGGUGAACAAUCCGGUCGCAAACAGAUUCCGCAUCCGUUCGGGUUCGACGACCAAAAGUAGCGGCGGAUGGAUGCACAACGUGGCGCAGCUUAUCGGCCAUCCCCACUUUAACCGGGCAAACCUCGACAAUGACAUCGGCAUUGUCCGAGUCGCUACCCUCUUCCAGAUCCAUUUACCAACCGUGCGAGCUGCUCGCGUCGCUGGAACUCACCACCACGUUCCAGACAACCAUGACGUUGUAGCUCUUGGAUGGGGAAACAUACAUACAGAUGGACCUGGAUCAGAACAACUGCGCCGGGUAGUCCUUAGAGCUGUCAAUCAUACUCAGUGCAGGAUGGCCUUUGGAGGUCUCACUGCCAAUAUGCUGUGUGCCAACUGGAUCGAUGCAAGCAGGAGCAUCUGCUUCGGUGACUCUGGCACCGGUCUGCUUCAUAACAACGUGCUCGUAGGAGUAGCCAGCUUCAUCGGCUGGGACGGCUGCGGCUCCAUUCGUUGGCCUUCUGUGUUUGUCAGAGUCUCUAGAUACGAGACUUGGAUUCGUACAAAUUCUUAG